ACAUCAAGGUGAGGGUUGAUGGUAGAUGUAUCUGUAACAACAAUUUACGUUCUCCUUCAGUAUUGAAGAGGGAUUGGUACUGCUAUCAGUGUCCUCUAGAAAAUUUGGUUGGUAGAUUGAAACUAACAAUGGUAAGUCUGAGAAGACGGAGGCUGCUGGGACUAUGUUCAGGGAAUAGUUCAUUUGUCACUCCCCUUCCUCUUUACUGUGAGCAUCUGAGUGCUACUGAAGUUUCAGGUCAGCAAGUUCAAAACACUGUUGUGAAAGAUGAACCGGGAUCAUCUAAUGCAUCUGGUUCCAACUUGUCCAAAGAGGAGUCUAGUCAACAAAGCCUAGGACCACCUGUUAAACGCAGAAAGCAACAUUUAAGGAAACAUGCUCAUGAUCAAGAACCAUGUUUUAUGAGGGGGGUCUAUUACAAAAACAUGAAGUGGCAGGCAGCCAUAAAAGUAGACAAGAAACAGAUCCAUUUAGGAACAGUUGAGUCACAAGAAGAAGCUGCUCAUUUAUAUGACAGGGCUGCUUUCAUGUGUGGAAGAGAACCCAAUUUUGAGCUUCAGGAAGAGGAGAAAAUGGAAUUGUGUAAACUAAAAUGGGAAGAUUUCUUAGCAAUGACUAGACAAGCAAUUAUCAGCAAAAAGCAUAAGAGAAAACAUAGUCCUGAAGCAAAAGAUGUCAAUAUGGAAGUUUCAGUGCAUUCUGAUGAUAGGAAAGUAGUAAAUCUAAACCAGCAAACAACAGUCUCCAAAGAUCUCUGAGUUAGGUGGGAAGGAUAAUUCGGUUUUAAGAAUUUAGAUUUAACUUUUAGAUUACUUUUCAAUUUCAUUAACGAAAAAAUUGUACAUGGCACAGUUCAUAGCUAUUUGCUUCCUUGUAAUGGAGGAUGAAGAUUCGUUUAUGUUUUAUACACAACAUUCUUUUUUCUUUU